GGAAUUUAAUACUAAACCAUUAUGGACAAUGCAGAUAGGAAUAUGCAUGACUGGGUGCAAUUCAUGAAGGCGAACUGAUCUUUAGGGGCUAACAUGAUGAUUCAUACUAAUUCGGCUGCUUUUGCAACGUAUUUAAACCCCUUUGGUUGAAAUAAUGACACUAGCACUGAUGAUAAAAGUCUUUACUCACAGAGUUUCUCAACUUACACCAAGAAAUUCUUAGAGAUUUGAGGCCUCUGCUCAUGUGAUAUUGAUGACAACUCAAUAAUCAGGUCUUUGAAAGAGACAGAGAACCCCCAAGGAUCUUUGAUGACUGCAAGAAUUCACCAAGAUAAUACCAAAAUUCAUUCAAAUUUAAACAGAAUGAGCCUCGGAAAACAAAGCAUGGAGGAUAAACUAGACAUAGAAGAUGAUCAUCGGAAGGGAGAUGAGAUCCUGCUACAGAAUCAUCCUCAUCAUAUGAUUUACUCAGUAAAUCCUAAAACUGGGAGGAAGAUCAAAUAAGAUCCUGUGCAAGAUGCCUAACUGUGGAUCCAUUUUUGAGAAAAAGUGGAAUUUCAAAGAUCACAUACGUAUGCACUUAGGCCAAAAGCCAUAUCAGUGCAAAAUCUGUUCCAAAGCUUUUAUACAGAAGGGCAACCUGAUCAAGCACAUGAAAAAACAUGAUGGAAAAGAUUUGAAAGAGAGAAAGAUCCAUCAAUGAGCUUAUUGUGAUAAGAAAUUCACUGAGAGGUACAAUAUGAAGAGCCACCAAAAGAUGUGAGCAAACCAGAGUUUAAAAAAACCACUAAGAAACCCCUCUCAAAUUUCCUAAAUGAAGGAUCCACUAAAUUCUACGCCGAAUAAACAUAUCUUUAAUCCCGAAGAAAUUGCACUAAAUUUAUCUUAUCCUUCCAAAAUCCUUAAUACUUUUCCUUUUUCCAUCCCCAUACUUUUUCCUUACCCUAUCUCUCCUAAUAUUUCCCUCCCUCUCACUUGCCCAUCCCUAACAUCCCUCUAUUCCCACUCGGCCCUUCCAAAAUCCCCAAAAACUCCUUCUCCACAGUCACAAAUC